GCAACUCGACAUUCCACGCGAUGCAUUUCUAGUUACGUAAGCCAAUCUCUGGGCCCGAGCCCACUUCUGGGCUAGGCCGACUAAAAAGACUUUGUUCGCACUCUGUAGCCCUUAGCCACGUUCAUUUCAUCGCCUAACUUAAGAGCAUAAACUUUAAAUUUCAAGUUUAGAGUGGCCGGCCAGCAAAACAUGUUUUGUAUUGAUCUGUUCUGGAUGACAAUCGGUUAUUUUGCUAGCCGUCAUUGUUGGUUCUCUUCGUCUGAUGUUGCUGCUGGUUUACGGCUGUGGCCCAAACCGAGUUUACGGCCUGAUAAUUGGUUUUUUCGAGCUCUCUUUUUGUUUUGAUUCGUCGUCGCGAAAAUCGAAAUCUGAAUAGAGCUGGAAGCGUGGAAGUAAGAUAUGCAUGCUGGCUCGGAGAUUGAACCAAUUUAUUUCAAUUUCGCACUUGGUCGGGCGACGUUGUGUUACUGGUUUCCCAAUUUCUUGACUUGUAUCGUUCGAAAUGCGGCGCCUAAAAAUCGUCUCACUCUUAUUCUGCAUCCUGUGUUUGAGUGGGGAUCGCAAAGCCUCCGCCUGCCACUGCAUCCGCCUUGGGAAGUGUGCCCCCUUUGCACGCCUUCUACUUCACCACGGACCCGGAGAACAGUCCGCUGUGUUCGCCAAGGUGCACAGCGCCAGUUGUGGCUUCCAAGGCCUCGAGCCGCUCGUCUGUUGUCCGAAUUCUCGCAAACAAUACCACGAUGAGUCAUCCUUCGUCAAAGCAAGUCGCAAGAUGCGCUUUGCUCCGCCGAAUGAUCGUUGGAUUUGGGAUGGUGCGGAUAGUGACAAGGGCAGCCGGCACUCCCACACACACGGGGAUUAUCUGGAAGCGGAGACCAAUCUGCAUGACUACUGGAACUUCGAGGAACAACGCAAUUGUCCCCAGCCCGUGGAACCAGAGUUCUUCGACCGACGGUUCGCCUUGGGACACCACUUUCUGUAUCAUGUGGAGCACGAAGAACGGGAUACAUUACUGCGACCCGUGCCAAAGGAUAAGCCCAUAGUAUUUCCCGGGGACCUACGCUUCCAGCGGCAGGGAGAGGAGGCAAUUGACUCCAACAUAGAUCAAGGUCCGCCCCUGGCGCCGUUUACCACAACAUUAGCUACACCAAUUGAAACAAUUCCUGCUUCUUUAUCCACAACAACCGCAUCGAUGCCACCUUUCGCACAGGAGAACACCCAAGGAUGUGGGAUAAAUGUAGAGAGCCGACUGCUGGGAGGAGAUCAGGCUAGUGCCGGACAGUUUCCCUGGCUGACAAGGAUCGCUUAUCGCAACCGAAGCAGCAGCCGCAUUAGCUUUCGCUGCUCCGGAUCCCUGAUAUCCAGCAACCACAUCGUAACUGCCGCCCACUGUGUGGUCAACCUAGUCAGCGAUUUGGAACUGUCCCAUGUUCGAUUGGGAAGUCAGGAUGGGGCGACUCCGUUUGCCAUCGAGCAGGUUAUAGUUCAUCCGAACUACGACCAGCCCAAGUAUGCAAAUGACAUUGCCCUCCUACGAAUCAACAGCACUAAUGGCACUUUCACACCCAUAUGCUUACCCUUCAACGGGCCAAUCACACUGGGAAACAGGCUGAUAGGACAAAUUGGAGUGGCUGCUGGUUGGAGUAUUGGGAGUACUGAAAAUAAUAGUUCGAUGGACCCCUCAAACUCCACCGCUGGGGUGCGCUUCAUCCGUUUGCCCAUCGUGAACACCACCAGUUGCGCCAUCGCCUAUGCCAGUCUCAGUGAGAACUUCCAGCAGCCUAUUGUGAUUACUCCCAACCACCUGUGCGCCCAGGGAAUGCCCAUGAAUGACGUGUGCCGAGGCGAUAGUGGCGGCCCCUUUAUGGACGACGGUACCUCCGGCGUCUUUGGAACAAGUGGACGUUAUACGAUCAUCGGCAUCGUGGCCUUUGGACCGACGCUGUGCGGCGUGACCACCAUUCCGGGGGUCUACACCCUGGUGAGUAGCUUCUCCGAUUGGAUACUGCGAAGCAUCGCCGAAGGAUCUGACCAGUGAGCGGUCGUGUUGGGAACCCAUCCCUAGCAAAUUACAUCCAAAGCUUCCAAUGCCAAAGUCUUCAGAAUACAUCGACGUAAAGAACAAUGAUUCAUACAUUCUACGGAUAAAUACAAAAAUUCGGUUCCACUUCAAAUCACCUAAAUUUCAAUAAAAUGUACGUGUAUAACAAUCGU